GUUGCAAUCCAACGUGCAACUUUCGGAUUAGCUGAUAUGCAAAAUGAUAUGAUAAGACUGAGAUGCUCAACACAAAUUAUUUUUUCAGCCGUUUUAUUACUAAUUUCACGAUUCUUACGCUUAGAUAUUUGAGUGAUUGAAUCAAUAAAACAGAUCCGCGUUGCUAAAUUGUCAGCAUCCUUGUUUUAAUCCAUUUUCAAUGUAUUUAUGCAGCACUGCAGAAAUUGAUGUUUAAAUUCGACUCGUCGUGAAUAUGCAUAUUACAGCCUGAAAAUGGACGUACUCAAUAAGUUAUACAGUACAGUCAGUAGCACCGUAUCACAGCUGUCAACAGUUUUACCAGGGAAUCCGGUUACCAGAGAGUACGAAGCCACUAAUCAUAUCGCGAGCGCUGGUCCAGGACUACUGUGGAAGAUAUUCAGCGGAUUCAAGAAAUCCACCAACCAAGAGGCUUCAAUAUUCUUAUUAGAAAAGAAACAGUUGGAUAGAUUGUCAAAGAAUGAUCGCGAAGCUGUGCUAGAAACUUUGAGAAAAAGUAUCUCUCAAUUAGCUCGUUUAAGACAUCCUCAAAUUCUAGUAGUGCAACAUACCCUAGAAGAAUCACGAGAUAGUUUAGCUUUUGCUACUGAACCAGUUUUUGCUAGUUUGGCAAAUAUUUUGGGUAAAGUAGACAACGUACCAGUUCCAGUUCCUGCCUCGGUGGAAAACUACAAAUUAUUCGAAGUUGAAAUAAAAUAUGGCUUGCAACAGAUUGCCGAAGGCUUUUCAUUUCUACACAAUGACGUGAAAUUAUUACACCGUAAUCUAUGUCCGCACAAUAUAGUUAUCAAUAAAGAAGGUGCCUGGAAAAUAUUCGGAUUUGAUUACAGCGUUCACUGCAUUAGUGGAGCAGAAGCUAUCGUAAGAUGGCCGACUAUCGAAUAUGCCAUGGAUGUACACGCAUUGGCUCAGCCAAGUUUAGAUUACUUGGCUCCAGAAUCCGGAUUAUCUGGCAAAUUAUUAGCGUCCAGCGACGUGUUUUCAUUCGGAAUGUUGAUUUACGCAUUGUACAAUAAAGGCCAACCAUUUCAUUUCUCCAAUAAUAAUUGGACAACGUAUAACCAGAAUGUGUCGAAAUUUAAACGAAUUUCUAAUUCUGAUCUGUUAUCGAUUCCUCAAGAAAUUAGAGAAAUUGUUAAACUCAUGUUGAACUAUAUGCCUGAGCUGAGGCCAGAAGUUCAUGAUUUUUUAAAGUCUGAAUUUUUCGAUGAUGUUGGUGUCAAAGCAUUAAGUUAUUUGGAUUCCAUGUUUCAAUGGGAUAAUCUACAAAAAUCACAAUUUUAUAAAGGAUUGCCUCAAAUUUUAGAAAAACUUCCCCACCGUGUAUCAGUAUUUAGGAUAAUUCCAUGUUUGGCGAAAGAAUUCGUCAAUCCAACCAUGGUCCCUUUUGUUUUACCAAGUGUAUUCGCCAUCUCCGAGGGUUGUACUAAGGAAGAAUUUACUCAGUAUAUUUUACCUUUUUUAAAACCAGUCCUAAGAAUGCAAGAACCUGUGCAAAUUUUACUUAUUUGUAUGCAAAAAAUGGAACUGAUGCUGAAACUCACUCCGGCCGAUGAAAUAAAAGCAGAAAUUUUACCCAUGUUAUUUCGAGCGCUCGAGUGUAAUUCGCAACAGUUGCAAGAACUAUGUUUAUCUGUUAUACCCACUUUUGCUACCUUAAUCGAUUACCCGGCGAUGAAAAAUGCUCUGAUGCCUCGUAUUAAAAAACUCUGCUGUGUAACCAACUGUACUUCUGUUCGAGUGAAUUGUUUGGUUUGUAUCGGUAAAUUAAUGGAGCAUUUAGAUAAAUGGCUGAUUUUGGAUGAUAUUAUACCUUUCUUACCUCAAAUUAAAUCCAAAGAGCCGGCAGUUCUGAUGAGUAUUAUAGGUAUUUAUAAGAUGGUUUUAAAUCAUAAAAAAAUCACCAUUCCUAAAGAAGUAAUGGCUGGCCAAAUACUUCCAUUUUUGAUGCCUCUUAGCAUCGAGAAUUCUCUUACAUUGAAUCAGUUCAACGCUGUGAUGACUGUCGUAAAAGAAAUGGUCAAUAUGGUCGAGACUGAACACCGAGCUAAACUGGAGCAACUGAGUUCAAUGCAAGAACAACAAAAGAAUUUCGAUUUCGGUACCAAUAACAACAUUUCUAAUGGUUUGGACACAUCGCUGACAUCCAAACAAACGGAAGAAUUACAAGAUGUAUUCAAAAUGAAUAUUUCCGAUAAAAGUGUGAAAAAACAGGAAAGCAAGCCAUUGAAUUUACGUGAAAAACAAAGCUUAUCUAAACAAGGCGAGCUACACCAGCGUCUCCAGAUGGAGCCAGUAAUUAAUCCUACACCGAUCACUUCUUCUAAAUCGAAACCAGCUCCGAAAGACCUAACUUCGACUCUGAUAAAUAGUAAUCUGGAUGAAAUGAAGUUAAAUACAUCUCUAUCAUCGAAACCAUCGCCGAACAUCUCAUCGCUGCAAAUGUCUCCAAAUAUUCCGAAUAAUUUCAGCACUUUUCAUAAUUCCUAUCAACCGACGACGACGACGACGUACAUGGCCAAUUCGAUGUCCAAUUUCAAUAAUACCGCAUUUCCUGCGCAGAAUGUACCCAUAAAUUCAUCGGGGCUUAGUCCUGCAGCUUUUUUCAAUAACAACCUCGCCAAUAAUAAUAUAAAUUUAUCUCCCGCGCUUAGUAAUGUGAAAACUAAAGCGUCGGCUAAACCGUUAACAUCGUCGGAAAUUAAUGAUUUUUUGAAUUGAGUUUUCAGUGAUUACGAUAACAUAACGCGUGUUAUUAUGUAUUACUUAAUUAAGUGUUUCGUUUACCUAGUCAAUAAUCGUGGUUUUACUUCCAUUUUAUACCCCCGUCACAUUUUAAAAUUUUUCUUAUUAAGUCAACACGAGAGUGAAAGUUAUAUACUAGAUGAGCACAUUCGGUGCCGAUUACUUUUUUUACGUUAUCAGAUUCAAUCGAUACAUUUUGUAAAUAUUUAAUACGUUUUUAUUCAUUUUUUUUUUGUUAUUAAUGUUACCUUUUAUGAUUACGAUGAAUUAGGUACCUACAAAAUUAUCUUUGUUGGUAUUGUUUUGACCGCAAAAUGUACAAGUACCAAGAGUACGAAUUUGCUUUGGUUAAAGACGCUUCGUAUUACAAGAAUGCGAAGAUGAUCGUUGAUCUAUUGUAAACUACCUAUACAUAAACAUUCCAGUAACGCUUAAUAAACGUUUAUAUUUGUGUGUA